AUGACAUACAAUCGCACUCUCUCGCUCCUUAACGACUCUCCUGCCUCUCCUCAAAACUUCUCCAAAGUCUUUUUAGCAGGUGCAACAGGCGGCCUCGCAUCUUUCGUGGUCAGUGCACCCACUGAACUCGUCAAGUGCCGUGCACAAGUUGCCACGAGCGCGACAACGACGUCCUGGAGUGUAGCGAGAGAUGUGUGGAAGGCAGAAGGCAUCAGGGGCUUGUACUACGGGGGCGGAAUUACUAGUGUGAGAGAUGCAGUGGGAUAUGGUUUCUAUUUCUGGUCUUACGAACUCUCGAAACAAGCCUGGAGCUCACCAGACGAUUCAGAUAGGGAAACGGCUAUGAAAGUGCUGCUGUGUGGAGGUCUGGCUGGAGUGAUAACAUGGGCAUCCAUAUUUCCGCUGGAUGUUAUCAAGACUAGGGUACAAACGCAGGUACUACAUGCACCCGUACAACCCGGUGAACAGAGCUCGCUGUUAGGAGCAGAAACACCUAGGACGCGUUUGAGCUCUGUCGAGAUUGCCAGGCAGGCCUACCGGACAGAAGGCGCAGGCGUUUUCUUCCGCGGCCUUGGGAUAUGUAGUAUACGGGCGUUCGUGGUUAAUGCCGUUCAGUGGGCUGUUUACGAGUGGAUGAUGAAGAUGCUACAGCAAUAA